AUGCGUGAGCGUUCAAACUUUGCAAGAGUUCGAGCUAACGUGCAAUUCAACCAGGCACUGAAGCAGUCCACUGCCGUACGACGAGAUCUCGAGACCUUUGCCCAGGCCCCAGCCACUGCAUCCCCUGCUCUUCAAGGCCAGAUUUCAACCACACUGACGAGUCUGGCAAGGACGCUAGAUGAUUACCAGAACCUUUCGCGAAACGAGCUCAACGAAGAGAAGAAAGAGAAGGCAGUCGAGAGAUUAAAGAACUUCAGAGCAGAGCUAGCCUCAUAUCGCGCGCAGUUCGACCAGCUCAAGAAAGAACGUGAAGGUGCGGUGGCAGCGAACAACCGGAACGAGUUGUUAGGAAGACGACCUCACCAUGCCGCAACGCCAGAAAAUCCAUAUGCACACGCGUCGAGUCAGAGCGCGUUUGCACCGGCGCAUCGAAACACACAAGAUGGCUUGUCAUUUGGCGCCGGUCCGAGCAAUUACUCUCGCGAGGAUCAUGCCCUCCGCGAACAGAGUUUCUUCAGCACAGCCAACGCCCAGAUAGACGAAUUCUUGGAUCGUGGACGAGCAGUUCUAGGAGAUUUGGGACAACAACGAGAAAUCUUGAAGGGCACACAGAAGAGACUCUACAGCGUGGCCAACACUCUGGGGGUCAGUGGAGACACGAUACGCAUGGUUGAGCGGAGAGCGAUGCAGGACAAGUGGAUUUUCUGGGGGGGAGUGAUUGUGUUCUUCCUGUUCUGCUGGUUGGUCAUUCACUUCCUCAGGUAA